CCAGAACUCAUCUUUCUCUGAAAUUGGGGGGGGAGCUUUUUUAUGUGCAUUGGACUUCUCCGGAGGGUUCCUCGAGUGGUGUUCAAUUGUGGCAUUCACUUCCUCCUCAUGUUUCAUAUUUGAACAGACACAGAUUACAUGUCCUGGGAGAGUCCAAAAUAGGUCAAUAUCGAUAGCCGCACGUGUAUUCAAUACUCAGCCGCCAGUUUGUGUCAUCAAAAAAGCACAAUCUCAUCAGGAUAUGAUGGAUGGCUGUUGCGUUCGCCACGGUUCAUAUAUAGAGGAGAAUCAAACGAGAAAAAGUUAGCGACGGUUUAUUCGAACAUGCACGGUCUUGUUCAUUUUCUCCUUUUCUGCACCAUUACAGCUAGUUCCUCAUUAGGAUAUGUCAUUCCCUACUCUCACAAUCGCGAGUUGGCGUCCAGGCAGACUGCGGACUCGAAACUGGUCUUCGCUCAUUUCAUCGUUGGUAUCACCGGAAACAGGGCUAGUGCUGCAGACUACGACGAUGAUAUGAAACGCGCAAAGGCCAUCGGGUUUGACGCAUUCGCACUAAAUAUCGGCAACGAUAAACCAGAGGUUCAACUCGGCUUUGCAUACGAUUCUGCGGCAGCCAACGGCAUGAAAGCUUUCAUUUCCUUCGAUUGCAGCUUCUUCAAGCCUGGAGACGAGGCGGCAAUCGGGGCGCUUAUCGCACAAUUUGCUUCCAAACCUGCUCAGUUGAAGGUGGCCGGAGGCAAAACCUUUGUUUCCAGCUUCAUAGGAGAUGGUCUCAACGUCAAUGCUAUCCGAGCUGCCUCGGGAGGCGAUAUAUUUUUCGUACCCAACUUCCACCCUGGACAGUCUGACUUUACACCCCUUGAUGGAGCCUUCAAUUUCCAGGGCUGGCCAAGCAACGGUCUCAACAAGGCUCCCAGUGGCGGAAAACUAGUCACGGUUGACGACGGCGAUAAGCAGUUCCAGUCGCUCCUUGCAGGAAAAUCUUACAUGGCUCCUGUCUCUCCCUGGUUUUCCACUCAUUUCGGUGGCGAAGUGCCAUUCAGCAAGAACUGGGUUUUCCCGAGUGAACUGCUUAUUUAUCAAAGAUGGUUGGAGAUUCUGGCUCUCAAGCCUAACUUUGCGGAGAUCGUGACUUGGAACGAUUAUGGAGAAUCCCAUUAUAUUGGACCUCUUGCUUCGAAGCAUACGGAUGAUGGCGCAUCGAAAUGGGCGAACGAUAUGCCACACAACGGAUGGUCGGACUUGUCGAAACCGUUCAUCGCCGCGUACAAAGCCGGAGAGAGUACGCCAGACAAGUUCAUUGACGAGGAGAAGAUCGUCUAUUGGUAUCGUAUUACACCCAAGGGCAUCGACUGCGAUUCAACCGAUACCACUUUCGGUCCAGGUAACAACGCAACGGGCGACUUCUUCAAUGGACGUCCCAAUGGUUUCGACACCCUUUCAGACAACGUGUUCGUUGUAUCAUUACUCAAGGCUCCUGGAACUGUCACCGUGAACUCUGGGGGAACGCUGUACACGUUCGAUGCCCCAGCAGGCGCUUCCGCCUUCUCCGCUCCGUUCAAAGUCGGUGCCCAGGCUUUCGCUUUGAACCGGGAUGGGAAAGAGGUGAUGGCUGCGACUAGUUUGAAGUCUAUUCAGGAUACGUGUCCUUGCGGUAUUUAUAAUUUCAACGCAUACGUGGGUACAGUUCCCGAGGGUCCAAGGGACACUCUUCAACCUGGGGAUGCACUUGCCAACCUCAAGACUGGAUUAAAGGUUGCUUGUGACGCUGUUCCCUCACUCCCUGCGACACCACCCCCGACUGCUGCCCCUACUGCUACGAGCACUGUAACUGCCGCUCCCACCUUACCGCCCAUCUAAACGUUACACUUUCCGCCAUGUCAUUGAAUCGAGUACCUUUACGAAUGGGAGCUAGGAAGAGGUUUCUGUCGAUCAGAAAAAAUCAUUUACCGUCACCAAUGUAUUUAUUUCCCUAGUUCCAAUAUGGGAGCAGGACAUAACAUGAGUAUAGUCGUAUACAAAACAAUUAGAACCGUAACAUGAUCAUGAAGCCAUCCUGCUGUCGUGACCUUGUCUGCCAGCAGCUUCAGCUUGAUGUAUCGGGAAUAAUGCAUCCUCCAUGACAUAUACAUGCCACAAGGACUUCCACAUUGGAUUGUAGUCACUGAGUAUCGGAAGUUUGACGUCCUUCUGAUCGAAUGUAUUAACACUUGUAGUUGCUGAAGUGGCUUCAAGAACUGCAUUCCCUCAUCCUUGACGUCGAGUUCUUUGUAAACGGUAAACUGCAGCGCAUAUACAGAUUUGAGUCGGGUGUUAACGAUGAAGGAGUGGAGCAUUGCUUGAUUGCGGGUGGAUAGUCGAUAAUAGCCUAAGCUGCUAAUAUCAUCGGAUCGAGCUUCCUUGAAUUCAUACCGGUACGUUUUGGGAAGUUUGGGAUGGAAGGUUUCGGGGACGGCUUCGACAAUGCCUGGAUCGGAACCGACAAGAAGGCAUUUUUCGAUUCUGGGCUCUCCAGAUCAGGGCAUUGUGUAGAUGGUAUUCUUUUGCAUUUGUUUCGACUUCUGAGGCCUAUGCAGCUGGGUUGCCUUCCCAUACCACCCCCAUUGGCAAGUCUCUGUGAACUAUAUCCUCCAAAAGAUGUCCUGCGCUGCCUUGCUUCGGUCCAUAGGAUUUGAACAGUCUAUAUAUGUCCCGGGCGUACGAUUCCCAUUUCUCGGGCUUUGACGAGACCGAAAACUUCUGACGUUAAGUAGUUGACUGUAAUUCGGUCGCGUUGAACACCCGGAUAGAUACCAAAGAUCCAAUGCGCAACGCUGUUGUCGGCUACGUCCAACACCCUUGUCCCGAGAGCCAGAUUUUCCAGCUGGUCGAAGGUCAGUCGGUCAAUCCUGGACUGCAGGUCAAGACGGUAUUCGUCCGGACGAGCGGCGUACAUGAUGAUAAGGCGAGUGGAUGAUCCAUAAGCUUCAUGCAUCGUGAACCACUGAUAAGUGUAGGCACUCCGCUUCUCCGCCCAUUGGAGGCGAGCCUUCCGUGGGGAAGCCGCUUGGAUUAUCCGUGCACCGGAAGUCAAUAUGUCGGAGUGGGGACGUAUGAUGUCCUGGUUUGAAUCAACAAGAAACCAGACAUCCUUGGGAAGGGUCCGUCUGAAUGAUCUAUGUGGAUCUCAGACACGCCCUCGGCACGCCAAUAGGUAAAGCGGUGGGGUUCGGU